AAAAACAAACGUUCCGAAAAUCACCUCCGGUAUGGAAGCGUAUGUGAUGUACAUUGCUAACAAGCUACAAGAAAUACGGUUUGGAAAACCAAGUGAAGUACGGAUUCUUCACUUCGGAGAAUUAAAAACAUGGACAUUUUGGCGAGCUGUACUAGCGGAAUUUGUAGGGACAUUGUUAUUUGUUUUUUUGGGAUGUGCAUCUGCAGUACCUAUCACUGGAGAGCCACAAUCAACUAUUAAGAUUGCAUUCGCUUUUGGAAUCUCCAUAAUGGCUUUAAUUCAAAUGUUUGGACAUAUUUCUGGCGGGAAUUUUAAUCCUGCAGUGUCGUUUGGAUUAGCAGCAGGUGGAAUCAUAACACCUGUCCGUGCAGUAUUAUACACAGUAGCUCAAAGCGUCGGCGCAGUACUCGGAGGACUCAUCUUAAAAGGGGUUACCGUAUCUACAUACCACAAUAACCUUGGUGUCACAUCCAUUAAUCCACUUUUAAAUGUUGGACAGGGAUUCGGUGUAGAAGUGAUUUUAACAUUUGUUUUGGUUUUUGUAAUUAUUGCUACUAUAGAUUCAAAUAGACCAGACGCUGGUAUGGCAUCGGUAGCUAUAGGAUUAACAGUUUCAGUGUGUCAUCUUGCCGGGAUUACCUUCACUGGUUCAAGUAUGAACCCUGCCAGAUCACUUGGUAGUGCUGUCGCCUCAAACAGUUUCAACGAUCACUGGGUUUAUUGGAUUGCUCCUAUACUUGGUGGUGUUAUUGCAGCAGUUUUAUAUAAAUUUCUUUUCUCGCCAUUCCGUAACGCAAUCCCGAUGGAUGAAGCGGUAAACGAAUUAUUGCAAGAUGGGGACAUGAUUGUUAUUCCAAAAGAUUACUUCACUGGGCGAAGUCAACAAAAGAUACACACUGCCAACAGUCAAUUAUAAGAUACUAUCUCUUUUAUAAACAAUCUAUUAUUGGCAUCUACAAAUAUACAUUUAUUAAAUAAUACACUGCUUACUACAGCACUGUCUUUAUUGUAGGACGUAUACUACUGAAAUUCAA